AUGUCUAUAGUUCCGAGGUUCAGUCUUAGAAGGAUAGAUCUUUUCAACGAUCUCCUGAAGGCAAAGAUAGAAUGGGAGGAAAAACCCGAAUCACACAUCUUUCGUGUCAAUCUCCGGGGAUUGAAGAAUCAAGAGCCAAGAGUUACGGUAGAAGGAAAGCAGCUCAUUAUCACCGUGGAGCGACAGACUAGAGUUUUGAGAAAAUCAUUCCAGCUGCCGGAUGAUGCCAUAACUAAACAGGUGACCACCCGGUUUGAGGAAGGAUUGGGAGUUCUUACCAUCACUAUUUCCAAGGGAUUAAAAUUGUCUUGA